AUGGGCCAUUGGAAUAACGCAUUAUUUCUUCUUGCUAUAUUCAUGGGAAUUCUUAAUUUUUCCCUAGCCCAAAACUCGCCACAAGACUUUGUUGAUGCUCAUAAUCAGGCUCGAGCUCAGGUUGGUGUGGGGCCCAUGACUUGGGAUAGUAAUGUGGCUGGUUUCGCAGAAAAUUAUGCCAAUCAAAGACGUGGUGACUGUCAGUUGGUGCACUCCCAAAACAGUCCUUACGGUGAGAAUCUUGCCUACGGGUCAGGAUAUGACUUCACUGGUGUAGAUGCUGUGAACUUGUGGGUUGGAGAACAUGCCGAUUAUGAUUAUAAUUCGAACACUUGUGCUCCAGAAAAGAUGUGUGGGCAUUAUACUCAAGUUGUUUGGCGUAAUUCGGUUCGUCUUGGUUGUGCAAGGGUUCAAUGCAAUAAUGGUGCAUGGUUCGUGACAUGCAACUAUGAUCCACCCGGCAACUAUGUUGGAGAGAAACCUUACUGA